GGAAGCCAUGGCGGCCCCGGGCGCGCGCGGCCCCGGCCUGUCGGGCCUGCUGCCCGCGCAGACCCCGCUGGAGUACGCCCUGCUGGACGCCGUCACCCAGCAGGAGAAGGGCGACCUGGUCUACCAGUAUCUGCAGAAGGUGGACGGCUGGGAGCAGGACCUGGCGGUGCCCGAGUUCCCGGAAGGUUUAGAGUGGCUGAAUACAGAAGAGCCCAUUUCUGUCUACAGAGACCUAUGUGGAAAAGUGGUCGUCCUUGAUUUCUUCACCUACUGCUGCAUAAACUGUAUUCACCUAUUGCCUGAUCUCCACGCCUUAGAGCAAACAUACUCUGACCAAGAUGGUCUUCUGGUUGUUGGUGUCCACUCAGCUAAGUUUCCAAAUGAAAAAGUCCUGGAAAACAUUAAGAGUGCUGUUCUCCGAUACAAUAUUACACACCCUGUGGUUAAUGAUGCAGAUGCCAGCCUUUGGCAAGAACUGGAAGUUUCCUGCUGGCCAACUCUGGUCAUUCUUGGACCCCGUGGAAACAUGUUGUUUUCUUUGAUUGGAGAGGGACACAAAGAUAAAUUGUUUUUAUAUACUUCAAUAGCUCUAAAGUAUUACAAAGACAGGGGGCAGAUCAGAGAUAAGAAGAUUGGAAUAAGACUCUACAAAGACACUUUGCCACCAUCACCAUUGCUGUUUCCUGGCAAAGUAGCAGUGGAUGGUGCAUCCAAUAGACUGGUCAUAGCAGAUACUGGACAUCACAGAAUUUUGGUCGUUUGGAAGAAUGGCCAAAUUCAACACAGUAUUGGAGGACCUAAUCCUGGAAGAAAAGAUGGGAUAUUUUCAGAAUCAUCUUUUAACUCUCCACAGGGUGUAGCAAUGGUGGAUAACAUUAUAUAUGUGGCAGACACUGAAAACCACCUUAUAAGAAAGAUUGACCUAAAUGCUGAGAAAGUGAGCACUGUAGCUGGUGUUGGAAUUCAAGGUACAGAUAAAGAAGGAGGAGCUGAAGGAGAACAGCAGCCCAUUAGCUCUCCUUGGGAUGUCGUGGUUGGAACAUUGGGUUCAAAGGACCAGAGUGAUGACGUUCUGUGGAUAGCCAUGGCAGGCACCCAUCAGAUAUGGGCACUCCUCCUGGCCUCUGGCAAACUGCCCAAGAAAAAUGAAUUAAAAAAAGGAGCCUGUCUGCGGUUUGCUGGGAGUGGAAAUGAAGAGAAUCGAAACAAUGCCUAUCCUCACAAGGCAGGUUUUGCCCAGCCUUCAGGUCUUUCUCUGGCUUCUGAAGACCCCUGGAGCUGCCUCUUUGUGGCAGACAGCGAGAGCAGUACAGUGAGAACUGUCUCUCUGAAAGAUGGAGCUGUGAAGCACCUCGUAGGAGGAGAGAGAGAUCCCAUGAACUUAUUUGCUUUUGGUGAUGUUGAUGGAAUAGGCAUCAAUGCAAAGCUUCAACACCCACUUGGAGUAGCGUGGGACAAGAAGAAGAAUUUGCUUUAUGUGGCAGACUCCUAUAAUCACAAGAUUAAAGUUGUGGACCCCAAAACAAAAAACUGUACAACAUUAGCAGGGACUGGAGACAUGAACACUGUCAUCAGUUCUAGUUUUACUGAGUCAACUUUUAAUGAACCAGGAGGCUUGUGUAUUGGAGAAAAUGGUCGGCUGUUAUAUGUGGCAGACACCAAUAAUCAUCAAAUUAAAAUAAUGGAUUUAGAAACAAAGACAAUUUCCAUGCUUCCCAUCUUCAGACCUGACAAUGCUGUGGUAGAUGGCCCAUUCCCAGAAGAAAAGCCGAAGACAGUACCCAAACUGCCAAAGUCUGCCCCGAGCAUCCGGCUUUCCCCAGUAGCUGCAUGUCCUGGCCAGACUCUUGAAUUCAAGCUCAGCCUGGAUCUCCCAUCAGGAACAAAGCUGACUGAAGGAGUUCCCAGCUGCUGGUUUCUAACAGCUGAAGGCAACGAGUGGCUUCUUCAAGGACAGAUACCAUCUGGAGACAUAGAGAAUAUUUCUAAUCAACCAACAAUUCUGCUGCCAAUUCCUGGUGAUUGCCUGUCACUUGAAGCCGUGAUAUCUAUCAGCGUGUUUCUCUAUUACUGUAGUGAAGACAGCAGUGCAUGCAUGAUGAAAGGGAUUUUGUUUAGUCAGCCCUUACAAAUAACUGAUACACAACCAGGUUGCACAGCUCCAGUGGAGCUCAGGUAUGUAUUUUAGUAAGCCAGCUAACAAUCCCUCACCACUGUCCCCUCCACAAUCCUUACCAUCACCUGUCACUCUGGAACAAAACUUUAUUUCUGCAUUAUUUCAUUGCUCAGUUUCAGCAACUAAUACUAAAAUAAAGCUAUGUUCCUUAUUUACUGAUUUAUUAUAAACCAAUUCUUCUUUCUAGCUCUGUACUAGCCUAAGCUGCUGACCAUUAUUUAAACCAUGGUAGUGUAAUCUUUGCCACUAUUUGAUAUAAGACUGAAGGCCACACUGUAGUAAGAGAAUAUUAUCAGAAGACAAUUUGUAGUAAGCACUGAUAAUACCAAGUAUUAUUAUACCUGGUAUAAUACAUGCUAGAACUAACUUUUCUACCUUUAUUAGUAGCCAUCAGAAUACUUGCAUAUACAAAUUUUACAAUAACUUUAAACAGACUUAGACUGUGUCCAUGUUGGUAUAAUGACACCUGCCGUUCAGUGCAUAAGGUCUAUUUUAAGCCAAGAAAAGAAAAGUGUUUUUAGUUAGUAGAAGCUUAGAGUAUGUAGGUGGUUACAUGUGAUUUUUAUCCUCUCCUGUGAUUUUCUCACUUGAGAUAUUUUUUAAAAGAGAGUUUUGAUCUAUUUUUAUUAUAAAUUAUUUGCUUAAAUAUCACUUUAACAUGUAAUAAUUAUUAUAUGUUAAUUGUUAAUGCCUUAUAACUUUAUAAAAAAAAUUUGACAUAUACUUUCUAAUAGCACUUCUUUAACUAGAUUUUCUAGUUUGUUUGUUUGUUCUGAGUGAACACAUUCUUACUAGAUAAUAAAUGAGUCCCAGAAAUGUUAUUGGUUUCAGCAAGAAGGGACUUGGGAUACUGUCUGUGAUAAAGAACUGAAUUUGAUAUAAACGUAUAUUUAUGUUGUUGGGGAAAUUUACGUUUUACUUCUAAGAAUUAAAUGCAGAUUUGUUGGGUUUUGGUUUCUGUGGUUCCCAUAUUCAAAUUUUAAAUUGCAGUUAUUUAUUGUGCUGCUUCCAAAAAUCACAUUUAAACUUUUAGAUUACAGUUUUCAAUGUUUCUCAUGCAGUUAACAGGUAUAACAUAUACAUAAUAUGCUCUUUAAAAAAGUAAGGCUGACUUUUUAUUAACAGCUGACUUUUUUUUAACGGCAGAGGAAACAUCCACUGACAAUAUUGGAAGGGUGUUAUUAUUAUUUGAAGUAGCAGUAGCAUAAUUUAUCUUGGUAGCUAUUUAAAAGCCUAUUUUUGUUUUCCUUAAACUGAUACAACAAUUUGUGAUUUGAUUAGUUUAAAAGAAUUAAAAACAUCAGGUGAA